AUGUUCAUUGAAUCUGCAACUCCAGACGAUGUUGGCAUUUAUACCUGUAAAGCUGAAAGCAACCAAUUACAAGGAGAAAAUGGAAAAACCAGCAAUCAAAUUGACUUGGAAGUAAUCGGUCGUCCGGAUUCACAGUCCAAAGAAUGUCCAUCCAAGCCUACGGAUCUCAUCAUUUCACUCACAGCAGUUAUUGCUUUGGUUAUUGGUUCCGUUCCGACUUAUUUAAUAAGCCGAUACAUCUAUAAGAGGAAAGAAAAGGAAAUCCAUCACCAGUAUCACUGUCAGAAUUCUCAGUACCAAGAUCCGAUGGAAGUUGCUCUAACUCCUCGCCACUACGAAGAUCUCAAUAUUUAUACCGAUAUCGAUACAUCAAAUGACGACAAUAACAAAGCUUACUCUGAAGUCCAAAGCAUUUACGAAGAUCAGGUUUUGUAAUAAGCGCAAAUUAGCACCAUUUGACCUAUUUAAAAAUAUAUUUUGUAAAGCAAUUUACAACUAGUGGAGUUAUG